AUGUACACGCACGCACUCACGCCUCCAACCGCGCGGCGGCACUCGCCCCGGGACGGGUGUUACGCUCGUCCCCUGCUCUUCCCCUGCUCGUCCCCUGCUCGCCCCUUCCCUUCUCUCGUCCGCUCUCCCCUUCUCGCCCGCCGCGGAACGAGUCCGCGCGCUCCCAGGGUGCUCACGGAACCAAACUUAACCUACCCACAUGGACGCGGCCGCGAGCCCCCCUCGGCCAACUCGCACUACGCA